GAGUGCAAGUCUUCCUGCUUUCAAUAUAGUCUACCUCACACUGUCAGCCACAGUUACUUCCUCACCAGUAUGACUGCACGGAAACUCUGCUUUCUCCUGCUUCUGCAUCUACUUGUGGGUUUUAGCAGUGAAGAGACUCUUGUGAAGACAAUUGGAAAGAAACCUGAUUCCACUCAAAUAUGCAGCAAGACAACACUGAAUAUUACUGUGAUGAUAGUGUGUGAGAUCAGCACAGAGAGGAGCCGAGGAGAACAGUGCCGUCUGCUCUAUCGUUACGAUGAAGGCUUUAUUCAUGGGUGUGACUCCAGGUUCACACUGAUCAAAGAAAAUGAGACUGUGUUUCUCCACCUGGUCAACUUAACAUCUGAAGACAGUGGGAACUACACCUGUGAGUGUGUAUUUCGUGGUGGGUUGUAUGUUCUCCAUCUCAGCGUGACUGUGAGAGAGGAUGGACAUUUUUCUGGCAUGAAGUUCAUGGCUACAGUUACCAUCAUUUCUGCUGCUGCUUCACUCAUCAGUGUGGCUGUGAUAACCUGCGGUUACAGCCUGAGGAGAAAUCCUCACAGAGAAAACGGAUCAGGGCUAUCUAACUUGACAGGAUCUGAAACUCACCAGCUGUUUGACAAAGAGGACCGCUACAUGAGCCUUCAUCGGCAAAACAUUGAUGUCUACCAAACUAUCUCCUCCGGUCGCCUUCAUCAUGAUGCUGAGGCCACUCCGUGUCACAGUCAUGUACAAUAAUAAUCAGAGAUGGAGGGAUUUUUUACCCUGACUACAUAAUUUAUAAAACUAUGAUGCUAGACUUACUAUUUAUAAAAGACACUGACAUUUUAACUUGCCAGCAUCUUGUGUACUGUACUGUUAGUUUGUUUGCUUUGCACUGAAAAAAGAGAAAAAUAUUAACAUCCAAAAAAACUUGUAAUUAUGUUGUGAAUGAAUUGCCUUAAUUCAUGGCUUUUAACUCUUUCAUUUCUGGUUUUUAUCUGAUUUUAAUGUGGAAAAUCCUACCACUUGGCUCUGUGGCCUCUGCGACCAUUACGGUUUUUAUACUGGUCCACUUGAUAGUCAUAUUUUAUUAGAAUUUGAUUAGGAUUUUACUUUAUUUUGAGCCAUUAGAAUGAAGUAUGUCUAUUUUGCUGUUGCCAUGUUUGAAGUGGCCGCCUGUGAGGUUUGGGGCAGGGAUGUGGAUAUGAUGUGAAAUUAAUUUUAGGCCACAGAACUAUUAACAAAUAAUUAUCCAACAACGGGACAUCACCAAAAGAGUACAUUUGUACCCUUUGAACAUUUACAUGUUCUCCCUGUGUUUGUGUGGAUUGUCUGCAGCUACUCUGGCUUCCUUGCACAGUCAAAAGAUAUUUACUUAGUGGGGUUAGGUUAAUUUGUGAUUCUAUGGAUGGAUAGUAUGAAUAUCCAUCUGCCAUCCUCAUCUUCUGGGAGAAAUCCGAACUUUAUUAAUUCUUUGCUGUGACUAUUUUUAUGUGGAGUGGAAUUUAAACUGCCAUAGAAUAUGCUUGUGGCGGAUUUGACAUGAGAAAAGGGUAUUGUCAAAGUGUUCUUUAGCAUGCAUCAAGACAGUUUCUCAGAUACAGAAGUGACUUUAGCAGAGCCAGUUAAAGCCUACUGUGCUUGAGUGGGCAGCUCAAGUUUCCACAUGGGAGCUUUAGUGAGACGAAGACAGGAAGUUAAAGCUGCUGACUAAUAAUCUGCAGGUUCCUGAUUUGAGUCACUGUUAGGAGGAUGGUGUCUCUGAGAUAACUGCUUUUGUGCAUGGAUAAAUAAACAGGGAAAUAAAUGAAUAGAAAAAAGCAUCUGAGCAGAUGUGCACCGAUGGUGUGCAUCCUGCUCGGCGUGUCAGCUGGUAAACCAGCCCGCCGUUCUUAAAGUGCCUUUGCCCCCCUUACCAUUUAUGGAGGUCCCAUUUUAGCACAUUGGCAUGGACCUAUUCGGGCCAUUUCACCAGAGGGUACAUGGAUAUUGCUUUGUAUUCGUUCUGGUGGAUUAUACAACACAAUAACAUGAUGCAGUGCUGCUGUGCACCAUUUCUGCAAAGACUGUGGUGCAAGCAAGGAAGAUAAGAUGAGAUAACUCUUGCACAGUCAUACCUAGUACAAUAAUACAACAAAUUUGGAAACUGUCCCACGAUAACACAAUCAUUUAGAUAAAAUAUUGGAUAUUGUUUACAUGUAACUGCACAAAUAGAAUUUAGAAAUGUUAAUUAUUGACGAGAGUGAACAACCACUUAUAAUGUAAUCUACAGCUGUGGCCAAACAGCUAGAUAGAGAAUGAGAAGUGUUGUGUUUUUUUCACAAAGUUUGCUGUUUCAGUGAGAGUCAUAUAUCAUAUCAUUUCAAACAGGGGCGAUCCAGUAAUGUUGCACAAAUGAGUAAGACUAACUAUAGACUUUAGCCAAAGUUAUUAAGUUAGCUAAAGAGUUGGGAUUGUGUGUAAGACAUAAAUAAGACUAAAAUACAAUAUUUGGGACAUUCUUUUCCAACAUUUCCUUACUGUAGGGGUCUCUGCAAGCAUACGGGGCUCUGAGAGGGUACAAGAUGACAACUGUGGAAUUCUACUGGAAACAGUCGAUCAUAUGUGUCAAAGCUAAAUCCAGGGCCAACUGAGCUAAAUUUGUGUUUUUAGCUAACAGCUACAACAAGCAUAAAAGUUACUCUUGGGCUAUUAUUUGUUAACAUGAUGCUUGUUCUUAUACAGGUAAUACAUUUAUUACCAACCUGAAAGUUUACCCGCCGGCCAUUUGACAUGAUGAAUGACCUCUGAAUACUUAAUCUGUGCCCCGCUCCAGCUCAAGAUGCUGCAGGUCCGCUCAGUAAAACUCUGGGUCCGCAGGUUCAACCAGUGUUGCCAGCUUUGCAACUUUGUUGCUAUAUUUAGUGAGUUUUCAGACGCCCUUAGCGACUUUUUUCUAAAAAGCGACUAGCGACAAGUCUUAUAUUACAAAUCACUCUCAACAACCAGCGGGUGCUGCCGUGGGGCACCUCGCCCGUGCCAAAAUGCUCACAGGCGGCAGGUAGUCCUCAUGGAGCAGUCGCCCCUAGCUAAUGUCAGAGCAGGAGAUAUUCACCCUUACGCCUACAAACUGCAAAUGAAUCGCACAUGUGCGAAUCCACUGACCCCCCCCCCCCGCCUCCUACUUUGACGCAGUGUGGGAGCAGCGGUACAUUUUUCUUUGUCUCAAAUAAAUCAAUGCACUAAAAUUAAUCAACUAAAACUUGAAAAUCGGAUGUCAGAGCCUUAACUCAAUCUUGUACAUCCGAUUUUGACUGAAGCUGUCUGGUGAGGCGGUCCCAAGCCCAGAUAAAGGAGGAGGGUUGGAAUUGUGACAUUAAAAAACAAUAAUUGCUAAAACGAAAAGUUAUUUGUAGUUCUAAAUAUAUUCUAAAUGCUUUUAGGGCGUUUUUUUUACUCACUUUACGUCUCUUCCACAGUGUUAUUUCUCUCUCCUACAGCAUCUGUUACAACUACAUAGGCAUGAAUAAUUAUGCAAAUUAGGCGAUGACGUCACCUAGCGACUUCUAGCGACUUUUAGGACAGCCGAUAGCGAUUUUCCUUACUGAGGAGUUGGCAACACUGGGUACAACGUAGCUCUAUUAAUUGGCGCUCGAUUACUCUGCGGCUUUCUCGAAGGACCCAGAUGUAUGACCCCCACGCCGCUGGCACGGCGGGCAGCCUUAACCCAAUUUCCCUCGGGAUGAAUAAAGUAUGAUCAAUCAAUCAAUCAAAAACUGAAUUUAAGAACUGAAAUUGAAUUAUAGAACUGACAUUGAAUAGUGAGAAGUGAUACUGAAAGUAUUCAUGACCUAAAUUUAAAGAAGGAUGGAAUACAAUUUCAAAUUACAUUAAUUCAUUUCCAAAAUAUAAAAUUCAAUUUCAAUUUAGUAACGAUUAUUCAAGUUGCGCAAUUCAGAUUCAAUCUGAGCAAUUCAAAUUCAAAUUUAACUUAUUCAAAUUCAGUUUCUGAUGGCACAAAGUUCUGCCCAUAGAUGUCGCUCACAUAUGCAGCAAGGCAACACUGAAUAUUACAAUCUGUGAGCUCAGCACACACGGGGGGGCAGAGGAGAAGAGUGUGUCGGCUGCUGUAUCAUUAUGAUUCAUGGGUGGGACUCCAGGUUCCCACUGAUGAAGAAUAUCAGACUGUGUUUAUCUACCUAAACAAUUUAACAACAGAUAACAGUGGGAACUACACCCGUGAAAUUUACAUUCUCCACUUCAGUGUCACAGUGGUGAACAGGAUAAAAUGUCUUUUUUUCUAUUAUUGACGUUUGUGUUUCUCUUACAUGGUUUAUUUGUGCGUUCAGUUAAGAAUGAGGAGGCGACUGAAAAGUUCUUCCCAACUAGCAUUUCAGAUUGUGCUUCAGUUAACUUUCUCAUUUGUCUCCUCCUGACCAGGCUGACAUAAAACCUCUCUUUGAUCCUCAGCACUUUUGAGAAACACCAGGCCUUUACAUCACUGUUUCAAUACAAGAUUCUGGUGAAGGAAGAUGCACGCAUUCAUCAAUAGAGAUAUCGGAUAGCAAAGUGGUUGGUGCCAGGAGAAACGAAACCGAUGCUACACUGCAUCAGAGUGGCAGGACUGACUCUUAACCCUAAGAAGUAUUCCAUAGCCCAGAGAGAAGUGGAUAGUAAUGGGCCUAACUUUCUUCUUCUGAAAACUUUAUUUGAGCAAAGCCACUUGCAUAAAGUGCUGUGUUUUUGAAAGUUUAUGAAAGCAAAUAUUUUACCAUCAUCAAGCUCUUAAUUUUAAACAUGAGUUUGUGUUUCUAAACAAAACACUAAACAGUUAAAAACUGAAACAUCCAAACAUAUGAGAAUUUGAGAUGUAUGUCAGGGGCUGGGUCUGUGACACAGCAUUUUGAGUUCAUUUUGUAUUUUGUAUUUCUUAUAUUAUAUUGAGAAUAUGUUAAGUUCUGGUGUUGGUAUUGUCAGUUGGGAUUGUGUUGAGUUUUAUUCUAGUUUAGGUUUUCAUCUAUGUCCCCUUAUGCGUGUCUGUUCUCGUCUUCUGUUGUCAUGUCUACUUCUCUCCAUGUUUUAUUUUGAAAGCCUUGUUUCUACGUUCAUUGUGCUUAGUGUUACUUUUCCCUGUAGUGUCAUGAUGCUGAUUUGUGUCAGCUGUUUCCCCAUGUGUUUCCACUUUCCCUGAUCAUCUCCUGUGUGUAUUUAGUCUGUGUGUUUUCAUUCAGUCUUUGUCAGGUCGUCUGUGUUACCUCUGUCACGUCAAGACUCGUGUAUUUCAUGAUUUUGCGCAGGUCAUGUUCAUGUCUCUUGCUCUAGUUUUUGCACGUUCCUGGGCAGCAACAUGUUCAUGUCUGUUUUUCAUAGUUACCACAGUCCUGUCACUGUUUUCAUAGUUAUUUAGUUUUCACAGUUUAGCUUUCAGUUUAGUUGUCACUCCUGUUUCACCUUUGCUUGUGGACUCACACAAAAUAUCAGUUGCCCUGGCAGCCAUGGAGGCGGUCCUCGAGAUGAAACCGCAGCUGCUUCUGGAGAAAAAGCCCAAGCUCUGUAUCACUUCCACCUCUUCUUAAAGUCAAUAAAGAGUUCUUUUUACUGAUGGCAUGAAGUUGGCUUUAAUGUGAGAUGUAAAAUCUUGGUGUUGAUAUUGUUACAGCUUCACCUUGAUCACAAACUACGCCACCGUCGAACUAAAACACAACAUAAAAUUCAAUGAAAUA